AUGGCGUCCGAGGCCAAACCCUUGUUUCGGGCAGUAGCCACGUCUACGAGACCAUUAUAUCAGCUCCUGCGGUGCAUAAAUCUCGCGCCCAGGGUGCACGUACAGAUUACGGAGCAGGGGAUUCGUUUCGCGGCGGACCACUCCCGCGUCAUGCAAGCCGUCUCGUUCUUGGACGCCAGCCUCUUCUCAUCCUACGCCGUCAACCUGCCCCCCUCGGAGGACGGAGAGGCCGGGAGCCCACCUGACCCCGUCAACUUCCAGAUCCCGCUAUCCUCUCUGCUAGAGGUUCUCCAGAUCUUUGGGGCCGUAGACGUGGCCACCCGGGCUCAGAAGGCCGACCAGGACCCGUACCGCAGCAACCUGCGCAACUACCGGCCCGACGCCUUUAGCAACCAGGCCCUCGGGCUGGCGGGCACGUGUACCCUCGUGUACGCCGACCAGGGCGACUCCUUCAAGGUGACGAUUGAGGAAUCGACUGUCAAGACGACGGCCGCCCUGACCACCUACGUGCCCGAGAUGCCCGACGAGAUACCCUUUGAUCGGGAUGACAUGGCCUUCAAGAUCAUCAUGCCCUCCCGGUCGCUGCUCGACUCCCUGGCCGAGAUCUCCCCCACGGCCCCCAACAGGCUGGCCGUCAGCGUCACCCGCACGGCUCCCUUCCUAUCCCUGGCGGGCGUGGGUGACUUAGGCUCCUCGGCUGUCGAUUUCGCCCGCGGGAGGGACCUCAUGGAGACGUUUAACGUCAAUGAGAAGUGGUCCCACAGCUUCAAGUUUGACCUGAUCAGGAAUUCGACCGAGGCCAUGCGGAUCGCCACAAAGAUCAGUCUGAGGGGGGAUCGACAGGGUGUGCUGAAUUUGCAGCUCAUGGUUGUUACUGAGGGGGAGAAGCAGUCGUUUCUUGAUUUCAGAUUUGUCCCCUUUAUCAGACAGGAUGACGAUUAUGCGGAAGAAGAAGAGGGAGAAGGAGAAGGGGAAGAGGAAGAGGAGUACAGAACUGUCUUGUCUGCUGAUUAG